AUGACCUAUCAGCUCAGUGAUUUUGAUUACGUACUGCCGUCUGAACUGAUUGCGCAGUACCCCAGAACCAAUCGUACCGACGCGCGGCUGCUGCAACUGCUGCCGGAUGGCAUCAAACACGGCCAGUUUCCGGAUAUUCAGAAGCACCUGCAGCCCGGCGAUCUGCUGGUCAUCAACAAUACCAAGGUGAUAAAGGCGCGACUGUUUGCGCAAAAAGACAGCGGUGGGCAUGCGGAAGUCCUGCUUGAACGAUUGCUUGAUACACACCGUGCGCUCUGUCAGGUGCGGGUCAGUAAGCCGUUGAAAACUGGCAGGCACUUGAAAGUGGCCGCGCAUCAACUCACCUGCGAAUCACGUCGGGGCCAGUUUUACGUGUUGGCCAGCGAGUUGCCCUGGUUGGACCUGAUGGAUCAACAGGGUCAUGUACCUUUGCCACCGUAUAUAGAACGCGAUCAGGCCGGGCAGCAGCCCUGUGCUCUCGACGAAGAGCGAUAUCAGACUGUGUAUGGUGAAAUUCCAGGUGCAGUUGCUGCGCCCACAGCAGGGCUGCAUUUCAGUGAGUCAUUGUUAGAUGCCCUGAAGUUGCAGGGCGUGGGUAUAGCGCAGGUGACCCUGCAUGUAGGCUCGGGUACUUUUCAGCCUGUACGCGGAGACCUGGCUAACCAUGUGAUGCACAGCGAGUUCUAUCAGGUCUCUAACGAGACUGCGCAGCAGAUACAAGCCACUCGUCAACACGGCGGCCGUGUGAUAGCGGUAGGCACAACAGUGGUGCGCACUCUGGAAAGUUCAGCAUUGGCCAACGGCGGCGAGGUGUCAGCCGGUGAGGGUGAUACACAAUUAUUUGUCACGCCGGGCUUUGAAUUUAAAGUGGUUGAUGCGCUGAUCACCAAUUUCCAUCUUCCGGCAUCAACCUUGAUGAUGCUGGUAACGGCAUUUGCCGGGUACGACAAGGUCAUGCACGCUUAUCGCGAGGCGGUGCAGCAGCGGUACCAGUUUUUCAGCAGGAAAAUAGCGAUGUUUGAAAUUUACGCCACAGAAGGGGCGGCCCGCAGAGGGCAGUUGACGCUGCCUCAUGGCACCGUGCAGACGCCGGUAUUCAUGCCCUGUGGUACCUACGGUACCGUCAAGGCGAUGACGCCGGCGAGCCUGCAAGAGGUGGGGACACAGAUUCUUCUUGGCAAUACCUUCCACCUGAUGUUGCGCCCUGGAUCUGAGCGCAUUGCCAGUUUUGGCGGCCUGCACAAAUUCAUGCAGUGGUCAGGACCGAUUCUGACUGACUCCGGCGGGUUUCAGGUGUUCAGCCUUGGUGAUUUGCGCAAAAUGAAUGAAGAAGGUGUGAUUUUUCGUUCACCGAUCAACGGCGACAAAGUGAAACUGACGCCAGAGUCCGCCACCCAGGUGCAGCGUCAUCUCGCCUCUGAUGUUGUCAUGGUGUUGGAUGAAUGUACCGCACACCCGGCUACCCACAAGCAGGCCGAAGUCUCCAUGCAGUUGUCCAUGCGCUGGGCUGUUCGCAGCCGCGACGCUUUUCAGCAGAGUCGAGAAGGUGCGCUGAAUCCGGGUGCAGCUCAAUUUGGCAUAGUCCAGGGUGGGAUGUUCGACGAUCUGCGUCGCGAAAGCCUGGCCGCACUGUGUGAUGUGGGUUUUGAAGGCUACGCCAUUGGCGGCCUGUCUGUGGGUGAAGAGAAGAGUGAUAUGUACAGCGUGAUGGAGGGGCUGCUGCCCCACAUGCCUGCAGAUAAGCCGCGCUAUCUGAUGGGGGUCGGCACCCCUGAGGACCUGGUGCGGGGUGUUGCCCUCGGUGUCGACAUGUUUGACUGCGUCAUGCCAACCCGCAACGGCCGUAACGGGUAUCUGUUUACCUCCACCGGUAUGGUCAAAAUUCGUAACGCUCAACACCGCGAUGCAGACAUACCUCUGGAUGUUGCCUGUGACUGUUAUACCUGCAGCAAUUUUUCCCGCGCCUAUCUGCACCAUCUGGACCGCUGCGGCGAAAUGCUUGGCGCCAUGCUGAUGACACAGCAUAAUCUGCAUUUCUACCAUAAUCUGAUGGCUGGAUUGCGAUUGAUCAACCUUUUAUUCCUCGGCGGAUUUGUGCUGAUUUUCUACUUUCUGCUGAUUCGUCCGCAGAACAAACGCCGUAAAGAACAUCAGAAUCUGGUAACCAACCUGUCCAAAGGCGACGAGAUCGUCACUGCAGGCGGCAUUGUUGGGCAGAUUAAUAAAGUGGAAGACGACUUUAUCAAGGUGCAGGUCAGCGAGAACGUUGAAAUGCGCAUACAGAAGACGGCCAUUGGUGCAACGCUGCCCAAAGGGACCAUCAAGAAUGUGGCGCCUAACUCGUUUCGUCCCUGGCAGUACGCGCUGAUUUUGUUUGUGCUGGCCAUCGGCGCGCUCUAUGCAGCGCCUAAUCUGUUCCAGCCGGAUCCUGCUUUGCAGAUUCUGCCGCGGGAUGCGGAUGCUACACAGAACGAUAUACAGAUCGCACUGUCGCGUGCAGAAGCGGCGCUGUCUGAAGUGCAGAUUGCCACGGUUGGUUCGCAGCUCUCAGAAGAGGGCGGUCUCAUACGCGUGACCAGCGACGCAGAUCAGUUGAAAGCAAAAACGCUGAUCAGCGAUCUGUUGAAUGCCACCGGUGAGAAUUAUGUGGUUGCGCUGAACCGUGCCAGUACCACACCACAAUGGCUGCAGGACCUCGGCGGUAAAGCCAUGUCGUUGGGUCUUGACCUUUCAGGUGGUGUGCACUUUCUCCUGCAGGUGAAUAUGGAUGAAUAUCUGCAAUCGGUGGUCGAUAGUGCCGCGCUGGGCAUGCAGGACAAGCUGCGUGAUGCUGAUGUGGUCUACAUACCGAAUCGCGAGUGGGUUGAUGGCCUCGAUAUCAGCAUAGCGUUUGCAUCUGAAGCGGAACGGGACAAAGCCCUGGUAGCCUUAGAGGAGUUUGCGGAUUACCAGAUUCGUGAAGAACAGGUAGAUGGCCGCGCCGGUUUAACGUUCAAACUCACUCAGGACAGAAUUCAGGCGCUCGAAGACCGGGCGAUCAGUCAGAACCUGACCAGCCUGCGUAAUCGCGUUAACGAACUGGGUGUUUCAGAGCCCCAGGUGCAGCGCCUUGGGCGACAACGCAUUGUCGUUGAUCUGCCGGGCAUUCAAGACAGUGCCCGUGCCAAAGAGAUUUUAAACAAGUUUGCCAACCUCGAAUUUCGUCUUGCCGCCCAGGCCAAUACGCCGCGUUUCCAGCAGGAAACCUACGAGUAUGAGGGUCGGGUACAGGAUGUGCUGCGCCGUAAUAUCGUGACGGGCAACAACGUCCAGGAUGCACAACAGAGUUUUGACCCGGAAACGUCGCAGCCCCAGGUCAGCAUUGAACUCGACAGUGAAGGUGGCAAUCGCAUGUUUGAUGCCACCAAAGACAAUGUCGGUCGGGACAUGGCCAUUCUGUUUAUCGAGCAGAAGCCCAUUGUCCGUGAAGUACAGCGUGACGGCGAAACCGUAAAAAUCUUCACCAGUGAAGAAGAACGCAAACUCAUCAGUGUUGCCAAUAUCAAGUCUGCAUUGGGUUUCCAAUUCCGCAUCACCGGCUUAAGCCUGCGGGAAGCUCAGGAUCUGGCCUUGCUGCUGCGCGCCGGUGCACUGGCUGCACCGAUGUACAUUGUUGAAGAACGCACGGUUGGCGCGCAACUGGGUGAUGAGAACAUCACCCGGGGUUGGCAGUCCGUAGGCAUCGGUUUUGCGCUGGUGCUGAUAUUCAUGUUGUUUUAUUACCGCUGGUUUGGAUUGGCGGCAAACGUUGCGCUCACAGCAAACCUGAUGUUGCUGGUUGCGAUCAUGAGUGUCUUAGGCGCAACGCUGACGCUCCCGGGUAUAGCCGGUAUCGUUUUAACCGUCGGCAUGGCUGUGGAUGCAAACGUGUUGAUCUUCUCGCGGAUUAGAGAAGAACUCCGCGAGCGGGCUCCUCAGGCAGCUAUCCAGGCAGGCUUUGAUCGCGCCCUGGUAACCAUUACGGAUGCCAACAUCACCACAUUUUUUGUAGCAAUAAUUCUGUUGUCGAUAGGACUCGACUUUACCGGCGGCACCUUGAUUGAGCUGGGUUUUGAGCAGGAAGUUGACGCUGAUCAACUGCGUAACGAUCUGGCGGCUAAUGGUUUUGAGAACGGUACCGUGCAGUAUUUUGGCUCAAACCAGGAGAUUCUUAUUCGCAUGCCGCCCCAGGGCGGAAUUGAGCAGGCGACGCUGGGCGAUCGGAUUUUUGCCUCUGUUCAGGCUCAGCAUGACGGCGUCAGCUUACGUCAAAGCAACUUUGUUGGACCUGCAGUGGGUGAGGAGCUUGCUGAAGACGGUGGCCUGGCGCUACUGGCGGCGUUAAUCGUGGUGAUGCUCUACAUUCUGUUUCGUUUCACCAAACAGUUUGCGUUUGGUGCGGUAGCUGCAUUGGCCCACGACGUUUUUGCAGUAUUGGGUAUCUUUGCCAUUUUCCACCUGACCUUUGACCUGACCGUAUUGGCGGCGUUGCUUGCUGUGAUUGGUUAUUCUCUUAAUGACACCAUCGUUGUGAGUGACCGGAUACGUGAGAAUUUCCGCAAGAUACGCAAGCGCACGCCGAUAGAAGUAAUUAACGAGUCGUUGAACCAGACCCUUGGGCGCACGUUAGUAACCUCGUUGACAACUUUGUUUGUGUUGCUGGCGUUGUUGUUUGCUGGUGGUGAAGCGAUUCGCGGCUUUGCGCUGGCGCUGAGUAUUGGUGUUCUGGUGGGAACCUAUUCUUCGAUUUACGUGUCUGCGAAUAUCCUGCUGGCGUUGAAUAUCACCCGCGAGGAUCUGCUUGUGCCAGCUGGAGACCAUCGCGCGCAUGACUUUGGGAUUCGCGGCGACGAUAUCGCCGCUGCUCCAGUAGUCUUCGCCGCCAUCCAGAUCGCCGAUAAAGCCGCCGGCUUCACGGAUCAGCACAAUACCUGCGGCAAUGUCCCACUGACUUAA